AAAGUACCAACACUAUCUUCCUUGUAGGAACUGUCCACUUUUUCAUGACCCUUCAUGACCAAAGCAUUUUCUCUGCAUGCAACCGUAUAUCAUAUCAUGUAUUUUUAACCAAUAUUUUGUAUAUAUAGUUUACAUUGGUUUUACUUUUCAUUUUCAUUCUAUCUUCACGAUUGUAGUUAUAGACGAAGGAGUGAGAGUGAAAAUGUACAAGACACAGCUGCAACAGCUGUGUCAACAGAAAAGGUGGAGUUUGCCAAAAUAUUCCGCCAUGAAUGAUGGUCCUCAACACAAGCCAAGCUAUAAGGCUUCUGUUCUUGUCAACGAUGUCAUUUUUACUUCUUCUGAUACUUUCAGUUCAUCAAAAGAAGCUCAAAACCAAGCUGCUAUGAGAGCUUUUCUUAACUUCACUUCUCCUUCAUCUGGCUCUUCAACGCCCACUAAGGAAGUUGGAGCUGCCAAACCUCAAGAGACUCCGGUUAUAAUGGCCGAGACGGAUCGUUUGUGCAAACAUCAGUUGCAAAACUAUGCUCGAAAGAACAAUCUCGAUCAACCUGUUUUUACAAUUAUAACUGAGGGGCUACCUAAUGUCAUUCGCUAUAAGGCUACUGUUGUUAUUGGUGGGACAUCAUUCGACAGCCCAACAUUUUUUAACACUAUAAAAGACGCAGAACAUGCUGCCGCCAAAGUUGCUUUGAAGGAAUUGCCAAUUUCAGCUGACUUGUUUAAGAAGGAUGAAUCUUGUCCAGCCAAGAGUUUACUGCUUGAACUAACACAGAGAGAAGGUUUUUCGAAACCAACAUAUAAAACUACGGACUCUGGUUCUAAUCAUAUGCCAACUUUUUUCUCAACUGUGGAAGUAGAUGGUGUUGAGUUUCAUGGAAAGGCAUCUAGAUCCAUAAAACAGGCCGAACAUGAUGCUGCCAAGAUUGCUUACAUUGCCCUAAAAGAGUGUGGACUUCAUACGUAUGCUUCUUUUUCUUCCUCUACCAAAAAAAACACGACACUACAAGCAAGUCGUACAUCAGACGUUGCUAAAUCCAAACAGAUCCUCAACUCGAACGAUCAACAUUUGAAUCAGGAGAUAUUACACACUGAUACCAAAGUCAACAAUGGCAAAUAUAAUGGAACUUUUCCACUGCCUCCUAACAAAAAAACAAAGAUAACCAACAUGUGCCCUUCAUCUUCACAUGAUAAACCUCCUCCUGUAUUGAUUUCCGAGUCGAACAAGGGAAAGACUUCAAAUACAAGUUACUUACUUGGUAACAGGUUCAAGGUGUACACAAGUUUUCCAAAUAUUAAAUUUCCUGAGGGGAUUACAAUUGUGCCUAUUGGCGAAGACAAAUGGGUUGCAGCGUGCUUGGAAUGUCAAAAUGACAAAGACGUUUGAUUCUGGUUAAAAAGUUUCAUGUAUGACUUUGGUUUCAAGUAGUAGAAGACAAGAUGUUGAAUCUAUGUUGUGAUUUGGCUUCAAGUUAAACUCUAUGACUUAUUUAAAUGUUGUUUAUGUUUGAA